AGGGCGGGGCCGCAGCCUGGGUCUUGCGCCCCUCGAGGUGCUAGCUGCAUUCCCGGAGGCUCAGGCUUGGGUGGUUGUGGAUUCCAGCUCAGGCAGCAUGUCUGAUAAACGGCGCACCGAGGAAACCCAGGCCCGGCGGCUCCCAGACUCCUUCAAGGAUAGCCCCAAUACAGGCCUUGGACCUUGUGGAUGGAUUUUGGUGGCUGUCUCAUUCCUGUUCACGCUUAUAACUUUUCCCAUAUCAAUAUGGAUGUGCAUAAAGAUUAUAAAAGAGUAUGAAAGAGCCAUCAUCUUUAGACUGGGUCGUAUUUUACAAGGAGGAGCCAAAGGACCUGGUCUGUUUUUUAUUCUUCCCUGCACAGACAGCUUCAUCAAAGUGGACAUGAGAACCAUCUCCUUUGACAUUCCUCCUCAGGAGAUCCUCACAAAGGAUUCGGUGACCAUCAGCGUGGAUGGGGUGGUCUAUUACCGCGUUCAGAAUGCCACCCUGGCUGUGGCAAAUAUCACCAACGCAGACUCAGCCACCCGUCUUUUGGCACAAACUACUCUCAGGAAUGUUCUGGGCACCAAGAACCUUUCUCAGAUCCUCUCUGACAGAGAAGAAAUUGCACACAACAUGCAGUGUACUCUGGAUGAUGCCACCGACGACUGGGGAAUAAAGGUGGAGCGUGUGGAAAUUAAGGAUGUGAAGCUGCCCGUGCAGCUCCAGAGAGCUAUGGCUGCCGAGGCAGAAGCGUCCCGGGAGGCUCGAGCCAAGGUUAUUGCAGCUGAGGGAGAAAUGAAUGCGUCCAGAGCUCUGAAAGAAGCGUCCAUAGUUAUCACCGAGUCUCCUGCAGCCCUUCAGCUCCGGUACCUUCAGACACUGACCACCAUUGCUGCGGAGAAAAACUCGACUAUUGUCUUCCCUCUGCCCAUAGAUAUGCUGCAAGGCAUCAUGGGGGCAAAACGCUGAGCCACCUAGGUCAGUGCAGAGGUGAGCUCUGUGCUGCCAAGGAUGAAGUAGGGGACCAAAUUAGCCUUCAGCUCACAAAGAGUAGGGCAGGGAGCCUUGAUUAUCCUCCCUCUUUCCUUUUCUAUAUGUAUGUGGAUUAUGGGGUUCUUAGAAUGUAUAGUGAUCAUAAAAGUAGAUGAAAGAAUUGAUAGCUUAUAAAUACUGAGAAAGAUUGGUGAUUUAUAUGAUAAUCUACCGUUUUAAAUACUUAAGAGUUUGCAUUUGUAAGUUGGUCUGUAAUAGGUUAAGUCCUUCUUCUUUCCACUUCUGUUGAGUAGUUCUGCACCCUCUCUCAACAGCCAGGCCAGAGGCGAGAGCAUAGUUCAGGACUGCCACCUGAUACCCUGGCGGAUACAUGAUUUGCAGAAAGUGAUGUCCUUGUGCUAUAACCAGCCCCUCUGGGCCGCAUGUGCCUUACUUCUAGCGAAUCUUUUAAGGACAUUUUUCCUAAUGUCCAUUUACUUUCUGAACCCAGACUAUAUUUCAAAAUGAUGCUCAUUGGAUGGUAGGUAUUUUCUUGUCUACAAUUGCCAGAGUUUGAGGAAGUGGUCAAGAUCAGUGAAAACGACUUUUUAAAGUCACUAUUGGGCAGUCCCUUUGAAAAUAGUAGAUACAUUUUUAACUUCUUUGAGCCUCCUUCAUGAGUAAAUGAUUCCUCCGUGGUCUCCUUCAAGCCAGCUAAAUAGUGAUCAUAAAAACAAUAUGAUCAUAAAAACAAAUGUGUUUUUUCUCACUUUUGCCUAUUUUCAUAUAUCAGGUUUUGAAUAGUUCUGAUUUUUUUAAUAAAAGUUUUUUCUAAGUUCUAUGAACAAUUGUUAUAUACGCAUUUGAAUCACCAAGGGCUAAGAGACUUUUUUAUAAAUGUCUUCAGAAAACUAUUAUAUUUCCCUGUCUGCAUGCUGUUAACUGUAGUACUCUUGUGAAAUGUUCUGAUUACCAAUCCCAUUCAUUUAGCUGUACAAGGAAUUCACCAUAUAUUGGGCAUGUAAUUCCCAAUGAUCUGGGGCAGACCCUGUUAAGCUUUGGAUGUCAAGUUAGAUGUGAGAUUUUCGUUCGCCUCGUUGUACUUUCUCAAUCACAUAUGCCUAUGCUGAAAGAGGAAGGGGUCAGCUCCUUUGGACCACGGUUUCUUAGUCUGUAACAUCAGGAAGCUCCUUCCAUUUUGCAAGUGCCUAUAAAUUUGAGCAACCUGGCCUGGACAGCUAUCUGGUGACAUUUGCGACACUUCCUCUCUGAGGCUCUAAAUUCACCUACAGGAGUCUAAAAAUAACAGUUUCCUUUCCCGGCACCACUCUUGAUUCCUGCCCCUAGCUAAAAGCCCUCUGAUGGUCCCUUCCCCUACACCCCAUUUCCAAUCUUAUUUUUAAGAAAGCCUUGAAUGCCGUAUCCAGGUUCCCAGCUAUAUUAGAAGCCUAGGCAGCCUUUCAGCUCGGGACAUUCAUAUUUUGAAUUUUGAAUGAUGGCAUUGUUUGUUUUGUGAUGGGGGCUCACCCUUGGCCACUGAGGACCAAGAAACCCCGAAUCCUGAUGAGACUGUCUUCUCAGAUGAAGAGCAACAGUGCUCUUGGUUCCAUGACUUUCCCUUUCUGCAGAUACAAAAUGACCUUCGCUUUUCAUCUUUGUGUAUUCCUAGCCCAUUUAGGCUACAUGGCAGGGAUGGGGCGCAUAUAGGUAGCUCUGGGAUGAGAGCCCUGGUGCAAGGGAUCUUUCCACUCGGCCUCCCCUCCCAAAAAUGUACAUAAUAAAGUGUGUGCACUUGAACUCGU